AUGGGAGAUUACCAAACCCAAUCGUCAUGGCGCCCACGCCUAGGCUCCGCUCUACGCACUGCCUUGGCGUGCACCAUAGUCGGCUGCACCACCCUUUAUGGACCUCCACAACUCCGAAAGUACUUAACAUACCCAUCUUUUUCUUACAUGACCACCAUUCUAAUUGUCCCGGACGCAAAGCUUGGUGAUGUCCUGAGAAGCUGUUGGCAUGUCAUGUAUGCCACUGUCCAAGUAAUGGUGCCUUCUGUGCUUACCCUUUGGCUGGUUGGCCCGAAAAAUUUCGACAUCUUGCUGGCAACAGUGGCUGUGGCAGUCAGUGCUUUUGUAGUGGCUUUGCCAGAGUCUACACACUUGAUGUCUAAGCGGAUUGCAUUUGGGCAGUUUGUGAAUAUUUAUGUAGGCACUGUGGUUCAUGGGGCUCAAACUGGAGUUGUCAUGCACCCUCUUGGUGUUGCAGCAAGCACAGCCCUUGGAGCUCUGGCUUCUGUCCUUGCUUUGUUGUUUCCCUACCCUCGGCUGGCUUACUAUGAGGUCAAGAAUUCAUGGAGGAUCCAUUCAUUUUCUUGUAAGCAGGUAGGGAUGGUGUGGGAGAGACCACAGAUGAAAUUUCUAAAACCAAAUUAUAUGAAGUUGGGUGAACAGUUGCAAGAAACUGAGAUUCCAUUGAGGGGGAUGGAGAUAGCUUUAUCUAGUUGCUCUUCAUUUCCUCUUAAUCUGAUUGAUGAAGAGCUAAGAGGUCAUGUACGAAGUUCAGAAGUACAGAUAAGCCUAAGGCUGCGGCAAUCUAGGUACUCUAUGCCUUCUGAUGCAACAACAGCUCCAGAGAUAAACAGAGAGAUUUUGGACAAUGCCCCUUGGAUUGGCAAACCCACCACCACAAACCAUGACAACAUGGCGGCUUCGUUCUUCUUGUACUGCAUGGAACUCCUGCUUGAAAACCAACCCAUUGCCCGAAAUCCCGGAAACACUCUGAAAUCUAACCCCAACCAAGCACCAAGUGGUGAACAAAAUCAAGCGCACUGUAACUUCAAAAGUGUUUGGAAGAACAUAAUGCCAAGCCUCAGGAGUUUAGUUUUUGCCCUCAAGUGCUCACUUUCAUUAGGCCUUGCUGUGUUAUUCGGUUUGAUAUAUAACAAAGAAAACGGAUACUGGGCAGGCCUCACCAUUGCCAUCGGUUUCGUGACCGGACGGCAAGCCACAUUUACAGUUACAAAUGCUCGAGCACAAGGAACGGCGAUGGGGUCUGUCUAUGGAGUCAUAUGUUUAUUUCUUUUCCAAGGAAUUGAGCACUUCAGACUCUUACCACUCAUACCUUGGAUCUUUUUAACCCAUUUUCUUAGGCAUAGCAGGAUGUAUGGCCAAGCUGGUGGGAUCUCAGCAGCCAUUGGGGCAUUGCUAAUCUUGGGUAGGGAAAAUUAUGGUCCUCCAAGUGAAUUUGCAAUUGCAAGAAUGACAGAAGCAUGCAUUGGACUGAUUUGUUUCGUUUUAGUAGAGAUUCUCUUUUAUCCUAUGCGAGCAGUGACCCUUGCAAGAAAUGAGCUUUCUAAAAGCAUGGGGGCACUUCGAGAUUGCAUCAAAGACAUAAAUCUUUGUGUACCGGCUUCUGCCGGACUGAGGGAAAAACAGAGGAAGCUAAAAUCCCACCUUAAAAAGUUAGAAAACUUCAUCCAAGAAGCUGAAACAGAGCCCAAUUUCUGUUUCUUGCCCUUUAAGGGUGCUAGUUACAGUAAGGUCCUAGGAUCCUUAUCGAAAAUGGCGGAUCUUUUACCAUUUGUGGCCUGUGAAACGGAGUUCCUCUCACAAGUAACACAGAAAUUGGGAGAUGCUUCAGAGGAACUAAGGCAACAUAUGAAUGCUGACCUAGAGCUUCUAAAGGAAAAAAUUAACUCUUCACUGGAAUGCCUUGAGAAGGUGACUUCGAUCAAGUAUGUUGCAGCAUUUGAGACUGAGGCGCAAGAUGAUUACCACGACAGCGAAUUGGGCAAACCAGCAAACCCGUUUAGGAUUUUGGGUGCAGGAGAUGAAGAGGUUGAGACCAUUGUAAAUAUUCUUCUUCAACAUUUUCCGGAAGUAGCUCACAACGUCCAUAAUAGUGACGGUGAAGAGAAAUGUAAAAGCCAAAUGGUUCUUUGUUUGGCUGGCCUGGGAUUCUGCAUCCAAAGUUUGACGAGUGAAACAAUGGAGAUGGAGAAAGAAGUGAGGAAACUAUUAAAAUGGGAGAGUCCUUCAAGGCACAAAAAAUUUCUUAAUAUUUGUUGUAAAGCUAAUGCACUGGAUGCACGUACAUAG